GUUACCGGACCCUCCAGGUCCGGCCUGCUAACGUCAACCGUGUGCUACGUGCGCCCCGCUAACACAACCCCCCCAAUUAUCGCACGAUGCGGAGCCGUUGGUGUAGGGCGCUGGAAUUUCGUGCUGGAGUUACGUCGCGACUAGCCGGACGUAGUGCGGGUCGCUAAUCAAUCGUCCGCUCAAACUUCAUUUACGUAGCACGUCCAAAUGCACUGCGCUUUGCACCAAGGGGGGAAUUCGUAGGGUUAAGGAGGCAACGAUAAGACGGUGUAAUCAACAGAUAAACUGAAUUAAGGAACAAUGGAGAAAAAACUGGCUGAGUACAAGUGUGACACCAAUGAAGCUGUAUGUUUAAAGCUAGUGCGCUUUCCAGAGGAUUUGGAAGAUGAUGGCACAACUUUCCAUCCAGAGUACAGCCACCAGUUAUAUGGAGAUGACGAGGUGGCUUUUGGUUACAAAGGUCUUCAAAUACAGCUGUACUACACUGCUGGAAACCUGAGCACCCUCUUCAAAGUGAAGUACUCUUCAAAAGUCAAUGAGAAGUUUGAUUGUGUGGAGCCCGACAAUGUCGAAGGGAAGAUCAGGGAAAUCAUUCCUGCUGGUUUCAGUUGCAACACUGAUGACUUCAUCUCAUUGUUGGAGAAGGAGGCCAACUUCAAGCCCUUUGGCACCUUGCUUCACACUUACGAAGUCCACAACGAGGAAGCAGGAGAACUCACAUAUCAGAUUUACAAGGUUGACAUGACCUGCCCGGGAUUCCCAGAGUACCAUGAACGCCUGCAGACCUUCCUCAUGUGGUUCAUCGAGACGGCCAGUUUCAUCGACGCAGACGAUGAUCGCUGGGACUUCUUUCUUGUAUUUGAGAAGUACAAUAAAGACGGGGAGACUCUCUACGCAACUGUUGGCUACAUGACAGUUUAUAAUUACUAUGUGUACCCAGACAAAACCCGACCACGUGUAAGCCAAAUGCUGAUCCUGCCACCGUUCCAAGGAGAGGGUCAUGGUGCCCAGCUGCUGGAGGCUGUGCACAGAUUCUAUUGCACACUGCCCAAAGUACAAGACAUUACAGCCGAAGACCCCUCUGAGAACUAUGUGAAGCUCAGAGACUAUGUCCUGGUCAAGCUCUGCCAGGGCCUGCCCUCCUUCUCUCCAGACAAGCUGCACCUCGGUUUCUCCAGCGACAUGAUCAGAGAGGCUCAGGACAAGCUCAAAAUCAACAAGAAACAUGCAAGGCGAGUGUACGAGAUCCUGCGCCUGAGAGCGACAGACAUGAGUGAUGAAGUAAAAGCAAGAGAUUACCGUCUGGAGGUUAAAAGAAGGCUAUUUGGACCGUACAAGAAGAACCAGAGAGAGCUGACCAAGAUGAUGAAAUGCCUGCGGCCAGAGGAGCUAGUGUCCCACAUACACCAAAUGAACCCUCAGAUACAGCACGAGGAGCUGGAGAAGAGCUACCAAGUCAUCCUCGGAGAAUACAGAAGAAUCAUUGAAAGGCUUGCAGCGCAGGCCUGAUAGCAGGCUUGGAGACACGACUUGCCCUGCCUGCUGGCCAGGAGUCCGCCUUCUAAGACCGGGGGCGGUCUGCCCCGUCUGUAAAAAGCCACAGACUUGGGUUUCCCACCAAACAGAAACUCUCUUGAUGUGACUAAUCACUUCUAACUGAGGAGUACUAUGGAUCCAUAUUAAUUGAGUAGUAGGUUGUACCAGCACUAGCUUGGAGUGAGAAGCCUGUGUAUAGCCCGACUCUGUGUUGUGUGUGAGAUUGGCCAACACAGCUGUCCAGUCGAACCAGUGGUUGUCUACAGCUUCUUUAUUUUGUUAUCCCCCCUGUUAUACAGUAGAUGUACAGUAGAGGAUGAUCAUGGCACAGCUGGCAGGGGAAGGCUCGCUUUUCAUCCCAUGUGUUUAAUGAAACUGUGCGAUUCAGCGAUUUGUAAUCAUUCACAGGUGAUACGAGCUCCGUCAGCCCUCUUAAGGAAAUGCCUCCUCCUCUUAACAGACAAGGCCCGAUUUGCUUUUCUCCGAUAUCCUUUGUCAUAACUUUUUCUGGAAGAAAUGUUGGUUUUGAGGCACUUCAUAUUGAAAUAAAAAAUGGUUUUGUAUA